GCCGGCCCCCGCGCUCCGCUCCCUGGGAGGGGCGGCUCCGCCCUCCCCAUCCCGCUGCUCGGGGCCAAUCGCCGCCGCCGCCCCGCCUCUGUAACGGCCGCGGAGCUUGUGGCGGGGCUGGAGGCAGAGGCCGCCUAGCUUCCGAUCAGAGACCAGUUUGAUAAUUUAACAAUCUGGCAGUGAAAACCAACAACACAGGAGUAACUUAUGACUGAGGUCCCACAAAGUUGUGCAUUGUCAAGUAGUGCCUUAGCAGGCUCUAUGCUGGUGACUCCAGCACAAAAGUCCACUGAAUCAUGGAACUGGAAUGCAAUAGGGUGUCAGCAGGAGCAAGCAGAAUGGGAAAAAGUAAACAAAUUAUUAGUGCGACAUGGCUUAAAACCUGUGUGCCUUGCUAAACCAAGAAACAGCAGAAGUCUGUCAGAUAUGAUUGUUUUAGAUAAGCACUCUUCACUGGGGAUAAGACUUGCAUUGAAAACACUGGUGGAAGACACUGAACGACAACAGAAAAUGAUGCAUGGCCUUAUAGAGGCUAAUCGCCAGCUUAGGGCUCCAUUUUUUUUUUUAAUUAGGGAUGAUAUAUGCCAGGAGAGAGGUCGAGCAUGUCGACAGGAACAACGAGCCAAAGAGUUGGAAAAUGUUGUGGAGAACAUCAAAUCCAAAAUUUGUCAGCUGGAAGAUGAGUGUAUAGCUAAAGUUUGCCAGCAACAGAAUGAAGUGAAAGAACUUCAGAAAGAUCAGCAAGCUUCACAGACAAAGUACCAUCACCAAAAUGAAAAGCUGCAUGAACAGGAAGAGACUAUUGCACAUUUGCAGAAGGAGCUCCAGAAGGUUGGGAUGGAAGAGCAGCAGCGCGUUGCCACACAGAACAAAAUGUUCUGCCAGUUUUGCAAGCGAGCCCCAAAGUCUCUUUUGGAUCAACAGUUUCUUAGUCUAAUUGAUUAUUAUGAAUCUCAAAUUAAUCAAAUGAAAAAGGAACUAAGCAGAUAUAAAAAAGAUACAGAUCAUGUACAAGGAGAAGGAAAAAGCAAAGAAGAAUUCUUAAAUCUAGAUGCCACACCUAACUAUAGAGCACUGCUUACGUCUUUCCAGAAUCAGCUCAUUGAGACAAAAGCCAGGAAUGAACAACUUAUGUGUGAAAAUACAGAUCUCAAGAAAGAUCUGGAAACAAGACCAACUUCACAGGACUUAAAACUUUGCAAGCAGCAAGUGAAGAAAUUGGAGAAAAUGCUAAAGAAAAAUAUCAGAUCAUAUGGGAUUAUUAGUGGAGAAAAGAUAAAAGAAAACAAUGAAUCUGAGAGUAUGACAGGAGAAGAUCAGCUACAAGCAGGUUGCAGGAGAUACUUACAGGUGCUGUCCAGGAUUGAUUCUGUUAUAAGUAGUCCAAGAGCUCCUCUGGUAAUCUAUAAGUGGAGUAAAGGGCCAGUCCAAAAUUACAUGAAAGAAAAUGGACAAGAAUGUGGUUUUGAGCACCUUCCUCCUACAGUGGAAAUGUGGGCAGACCAGCUAAUGUCCCUAAAGGACUUGCAUAGGUCCCUGAGAAAGCUAUCACUGGAGUUGGUGCCCUGGCACACUGUAAAUGCACAUAACGCUGAAAGCAUUCGAGUUGAAGACCUACAAUUCAUAGUAGAUACAAUCUUGGAAGAAGUAGAAAAUAAGGAAAAGAAUGGCCAGAUGCCUUCGUUACAAACAUUGAAUGCAAUUGUGUCUCACUUCCAAAAGUUGUUUGAUGUGAGUUCUCUGAAUGGAGUUUAUCCACGAAUGAAUGAAGUUUACACAAAGCUUGGAGAAAUGACCAAUGCUAUGAGAAACCUGCACGAGCUCUUAGAACUAGAUCAUUCAGCCCCACCCGCUGUACUGGUGAACACUGUUGGAAAGCUAUGUAAGGUAAUUAAUGAAAAUGUGACUGGACAGGUAGAGCAGCUGCUGGGGACCCAAGACAUCCAAAGUAUCAUCAACAAAUUGGAAGAACAUGAAGACUUCUUUCCAGUAUUUCAGGCACUUAUUCAAGAUUUACUUUGUAUUUUAGUCCAUGAGCAGGUUAGGGAAGAGAUCAUGGUUCUGAAAAAAGGAGGAACAGAAAACAGCUUCAAACCAUCCCUGGCUGGAUUGGAAAGUGCUGAACCUCUGAAGUGUUAAGUGGGGCUCCAAAAAUUGAAGCGCCCAAAGUCACUUUUUCAAAAAUGUUGGCUGAACAGGUGAGUAGCAGCAGGUUUUACUUACUUGUAUUGAUGUUUUAAGCACGACCCCAUACAAACAGACAGAAAGUAUGGUUUACAACCUAAACUAGAUCAUGUAAUUUAGACAGGUAACAAACCAACUGGCCCAGCCUCAAAAAGGUGACUUUUUAAAGUCUUUGUGGAAGAGAGAGGACUCAGUGGGCUUCAAAGGAAGGGUUUGGAUGACGAGAAGUAGGCUGGUUUGGUGCAAAGAAAAGAGACUAACAGGGAAGAGAGUCACAUGCAAGAAGAGAGGAUACAACAGGAACAUGCCACAUUAAGAGACAAGCAGCAGCAUUCAGCAUUUACUGAACUUUGGAAAGGCAGGAGGGAGGGAUGUCCCUAGAAAUACAGGGAAGGCUGGUGCUUGGUUCUGCCCAAGUACCCAAAUUCCAGCCCCUAACGGUAAGUUUUGUAGAAAAGCUGUAAGUCUUUGCACCAUAUAGUCCUUUAUACAUAACAGAUAUAUACAGCUCUGCAAAGUAUUUCAUUAGGUGCAGUGAGUGCCUGCUAAAGAUCUUUAUAAUAAUCAGUUUAAUCUUUUCUGUUAAUAGUUCAGCUGUGAUAUGAAGUUUCCUACUUACUUCUCAUCAUAAUGGGGGUUCAGUGUUUUUUUCUUAACAGUCGUCUUCUUUCUGCUUGCCCAUCUUUUAUCUGGAAGCAGGUAGACACGAACAUAUGGAUCUACUCCACGAUUAGAAGCUGGCAUCAAGUUUCUUUUAAAAGAACAUAAGUCUGUGUUGAGAUGACAGGGAGCCUCUUUACUAUGUACAUUCUGAACUAGUCAAAGUCAGGCCAAACUUAGGCUAGAGGAUAAAAGUAAUAGUCUUGGUGGCUGGUUUGUAAGCAAGGAAUGAUUUUAGGUGUUUCAAAGUCAGUUAUAUAAAAUUUUCCAGACUCAUUGAGUUUAGUGGGAGCUGCUGGACACACUGCAUUUGAGAAAUGAGGCCACUUACAUAGGGGCCUGAGCAGGGAUGUAGUAAUCUAACCGUAGGCAUCUAUUCUUGAAAAAAAAUCGAGGCCAAUACACUUUGUGUUCCACCAACCAUUAGGAUUAGUAAGCAAGUUACUGUAUUAGCAUAUUAUUCCAUAAUUUUAACAAAUCCUAUAGUGGCCAUUUCCACUGAACCUGCUGUACCAGCCACUAUCAGAGACAGAAUACUAGGUUGAUGAAAUGUGGUGGUGAUAUGUUCCUGUGCCUAGCAAAGUUGCACAGUUUAAGAGUCAGCAAAUGUUUCCUACAGCAACUGUUGUGUACGCUGCAUGUGAGAUAUAUUGAAGUGAAGCUUUAACAUGUACAAGAAAAGCUACGUUCUCAUUUAGAUUACAGGUAAAUUAGUAUGUAAGUGUUACCUGCAAUUAUUUACCAUCACAAUGAGACUCCGUCGCAGAGAGGCAUAUCGGACAGUGAGCUGGAUCUCCCCCAGGAGCACUGCAGUUAGAUUAGUUCCACUGUAAGACAGUUACACAUUCAGGAUUUUCAAACAAUUUAGCAUCAGGAUGCAUACAUAAGAUCAAUACACAAGGUGUGUGCUAUGAGAUACAGGGGUUGAGGUUCAUUUUCAAUUGAACAAGUCACAGCAAUGGGGAAAAACAUUAAAAUGCAUUGAAAUCCAGUGCAUCAUUAAAUCAGUCACUCACCAAAACACAGAAUACAUCUCACCUUGAGAAAUGUAAACCCAGUUUUCAAAGCACAGCACUUACCUGUUUCUGGUAUCCUCCAUUUGUUCCUAUAGAAUAGGAGUGAUCCAGAAGGCCUCUACCAGAAAUAAUGCUCAUUUUAAAGCCAAGAAUGGUCACUGUGUUUAUUAUAUUGGUAUCUGUUCUUGGUAUUAGUGUAGCAUAGGGACGACAGCACAUGCUUUCAUAAUUUAAAUAAAUAUCGGAUUAUUGUAAGUGCUCUUUAAUAAGUACAGUAUGUGUGUGUAAUCCUCUGUUUAGUGGAUUCGUUUGGGGGUCAUGUCUCUGUACAUCACCUGGAAUGUUGUUAAAAUGGUCCCUGAGACACAGGCACUGUCGUACAGCAAAGAUUCGUAACAAAUUCCUAUUUUAAAUUAAUAGGACAUCCAGUAUAUGGAAGUAUUGACUUUAAAAGGUUAAAACUAACAGCUGAAACUGGUUUGAUGCCUCUACUUGGAUUGACAAACUUCUGUGCUUCUUUCAGCUCACAUACAGUGGCUAAAAUUUCUCAAAAGGGAAUUAGUUAUACAAAGCCAGAUGCAUGGGGCUCCCACUGACUCCUAUGGGACAGACCCUAUCUGAUGGCAGAACUGGCUCUCAUACACUUUUCCAACCUCCUAACGAGACCAUCCGUGCACGAAUUGUGAAAACUUUUCAAAGUUAUUCCAUUUUCAAAAGUGGCUGGGAAAAAAGUCAGUCAAACCUACCUGAUCUUCGCAAAGGUUUCGCUUUAAUGUGUAUUACACUUGAAGUUCUACCCUUUACAAUAAACAUAUUUGGGAUUAAA